AUGGGCGCGCACCAGUCAAAGAUCAAGCCAAAAAAUGUCGCUGUUCGACAAUCCAGCACAUCUUCAUCUACUUCAUCCCAGAAAUCACAGCCACUACCAGAACCACCGCCACCUUUACCUUUACCAAUACCUGUUCGACCACCGAUGGAGAGAGAACGAACUCGCGAAAUUCGCCUAUCAACAUUCGAAGCCGACCUUGACCUCAAUCAGAUUCUACAGACACAUUCUAUCCAGCCCACAGUCAACCACGUUUUACACCCACCAGACUUUGUAGUCUCUGGUAUCAGCGUAAAUUCGACUACAUCACUUGACUCAUUAAGAACGACUGUAUUCUCGACAAUCAGCACAGCAUGCUCCUCACUAUCAUCUGUCUCACUCCAUUCAAAAUCACACGCCUUCGGAAGCCCUCUUCUUCAAAACCACACCCGAUCUUCAAGUAUAUCCAGUACAUCAACAUUACCUCACACCUUACCAAUCAACCCACCCAACUCUGACCCAAAGUCUCCUUCAGCGCAAUUCAAAAGUCUGCUGAUCAAAGCUGACACCACCCAUGAUCCUCAAUUGCGUACUUUAGUCGCACAGGCCAGGCUACAGGGCUAUGGCACCCCAGUCGCCAUUAGCCAAGGAUUCCAAGAGUUGUUAAAUAUUGCCGAAACAACCAAUCACAUCAACGCAUUUUACUCUCUUGGCCUUUGUUAUUAUCAUGGACUUACUCCAAACCAACAAAAGGAUUACGCCCUUGCCUACCGUUGGAUAAGUCGGGCGGCUAUCCAAGGCGAGCAUAAGACAGACCCUGAAACAAUGAUGACCGUCUGUCUAUCACAAUACUGCAGUGGGUACAUGUUAAUUCAAGCACAAGGAACCGCUGCUGAUACAGCAAAGGCUACAGAGUUCUUUCAAAAGGCGGCCACAAGAGGACACCCGGUUGCACAACACAUCAUUGGCUGGCAGUACGAAAACAAGGGAGACCCCAUAAAGGCUAAAGAAUUUUAUCAAUUGUCAGCCCAUCACAAUUAUUCCGAUGCCCAAGCGUCUCUUGGUGUAUUGCUUAUUGAUUACAUCGAUGCAUUUACUAAAAACUUUGUUAAAGAAGAACAUGUUGUCCAAGAAGCACUUGGGUGGCUCAAUCGGGCGGCUAGCCAAAACCAUCCUUGGGCAUUCCUCAAACUCGGAUCACUGUACGCACAAGGCACUCGAGUAAAGAAAGAUUUUAAACAUGCAGUAUCACUUUACGAACGAGCAGGCACCGACAUCAACAACCCUCACUAUGGAAUCGCUCACUACAUGCUUGGCUCAAUCUACAGAUCAGAACAGAAUCCUUUAUAUAACAUUUCCCUUGCUAUUCGUCAUCUGACCCUGGCAGCAAACACAAACUAUCGUCAGGCUAACCGCAUACUCGGAUUAAUGUAUUACCAAGGCAUGGGAGUACCAAAAGACGAUUUAAAAGCCCGGUCUCUCUUCAAGAUCGCCGCCUCUCAGGGCGAUGGCUAUGCCUUGGGUCUUUUAGGUGAACAAGCAGAAAACGGCAGGGGAUGCACCAAAAACCCUGUGGAGGCACUCGAGCUAUAUGAAAAAGCCGGUAAAGCAGGCACCUAUGUUGCAAUAUACUCCAGAGCCAUCCUAUUACAUCGUAUGGAUAGACGUGCCGAAGCUUAUGUAUGGUUUGGAAAGGCAGUCGGCAGCCUUGCAACAGCCAAAGAUCCAGACAGUCGGAACUUCCUUUUCAGAGCGCGUCUGAUGCUUGCACGUUACCAUAUCAACGGAUGGGGACAGUCAAUUUGCGACCCUGUAGGGGGAUUCAAUGACCUACUCGCUCUUGCCAGGACAGGCGAGUUCUGGGAAGCCCACUAUUGGAUCGGCGCAGGCUACGAAAGUGGAAUUAAGAAUAUGAACAACCAGGUCGAAAUCGAGCCCAAUUUGAAGCUAGCCUUUGAUUACUAUGAGCAAGGCGCACUCCAUGGAGACGUAGAUCUUAUGCACAAGGUUGCCCGCAUGUUGGCCAAUGGGUUCAGUCACCAGUCUGUCACGAUUAAAGACCAAGUCAAGGCUUUUGACUGGUAUACCAAGGCUGCUAACGCCGGCCAUCCUACUGCCCAAUACAGUCUUGGUCUUUACUAUGCCAACGGACUGGCACCUCUCAAGAAAUCCGAUAUCCCAAAAGCCAUCGAACUCUACCGAGCUGCUUCAAAGAAUGGCUUGCCAGACCCUAUGAUCAGCCUUGCCAAGCUCCUGAUUACCAGCCCGAGCGAAUCUGAUGCCCUUCACAAGGAAGCUAUUGAAUGGCUAGACACUGCUGUUCGAAUGGAACAUCCUGCAGGCCUCAGAGAGCUUGCCAAGGCUUAUGAAACUGGCCUGAUUUUAUCAGUUGGAGAAAACGAACGACAUGCCACCGGACUCGAGCUGCUAACUAGAGCAAUCAAGCUCAAAGAUGAUCCUCUCUCAUGGUGUGAUCUCUCUCGUUACUAUGAAAAUGGAUGGGCUGUGUCAAGCAAUCUUGAAAAAGCGCUCGUGUGUCUCAAAAAAGCAGAAAGUCUCAAUCAUCAAAUGGCUACUAUUAUGAUUGCUGAGAUAUUUGAGCGCAAGACCCUGUGGGACCAAGCGUGGAAUCAAUAUGAACGUACUGUUGAAACUAAUAUCCUCAAAUCAGUUCUCGGCUGGAAAUCUCGCAUUGGAAAGGCACGUCUGGUACUUCAUCGCAAAAUGGGUGCUGAAAAAGACCGCCGACAAGUAUUCCAAUGGCUCGUUGAGAUGGUGUCCCUUGGACCUGGAGAAUCUUCUAUUGAACCGCUGUCAUUACUUGGAAUGUGUUACGAAAAGGGAUUUGGUACUCCAAGAGAUGUCGAACAAGCCAUCUCAUGGUAUGACAAAGCACUAGAACAACCUACAACCGUUCCAAUUCACUGGUCCCAAGAAAACGCAAGAUUCAAAAUGGCUCGACUCCUCUGUCAAGAAAAACAGUAUGAAAGGUCUCUUCAGGAAUUCCGUGUCCUCCAGGGUAUUCUGGAUCCUAUGACCCGCUAUUCACACGAAACAAUGGUACAAGCUCGUCAAGUCAGAUACUACCUUGGUUAUCUCUUAUUGCAUGGAAUUCCCAGUGACCGAAACAUUGAUGAAGCCAAGAUAUGGCUUGGUCAUGCUGCAGAUGAAGGCCAAGGAUCUGCAAUCUACGAACUUGGUUUACUAGCUAUUUCAGAUGAUGAAGAUGCCACUGCACAAGAACUUUUUGAACGUGGUCGGUCUAUGAACCAUCCAGGAUGUAUCCGUGAGCUUGGACUGUUUUGGCUGCGCGAGAAUCGGGAUGACAUUAGUUGGAAUGGCCGUGAAGUGUAUGAGCUGUUAGAAGAAGCCAGUCACCUUAAUGACCAGGAAGCCAACUACCAGCUUGGUCUCCUUUACGAAUAUGGUCUCGGUAACUCAAAGACCAGGAUCAACCCUGUCCGUGCUCUGGAGUCCUACAGAAAAGCUGCCCAUCAAGGUCAUGAACAGGCUGCUGAAAACGCCGCCCGGCUCUGCGAACAGCUUGAACAACCUGAAGAAGUAGUUGUGUGGCUGACCAAGAUUUCCCAUCGAUACUACUCUCGUGUCGUAUUGGCCGGUUAUCGUAUUCAAGGCAAAGGCGGUGUCCCCCAGGACGCUCGUGCCGGAUUAGCUGAACUUCACGAGGCGGCCGAAGAGCUUGAGAAGGUUGAUAACAAGACCGAACAAGAGACCGAAGCACUUGGAAUGGCUUAUUUUACUAUUGGAGAAUGUCAUGAGCACGGAAGAGCAGUGGAUGUAGACACUGAAGUUGCCAGUGUGUGGUACAAUAGAUCAGUUCAAUGCUCUGAGCAUGUCGAGGCCAUGUAUCAACUAGGAAACUUUGAGAGUCUUAAUGGAAAUGAAGAAAGUGCCUUUGAAUGGUUUGGUCGUGCAGCCGCCAAAGGUAACCAUGUCGAUGCUCAGUACCAACUUGGCUUGUUCCAUGCCAGUGGUCUUGCCAACCUUAGUGCCAAUCCUGCAGCAGCAAAGAAGUACUUUACAAAGGCCGCAAAUCAAGGACACAAGGAGGCUUUGAUGUGUCUUGGUGACAUCUUGUGGAGACAAGAAGAAUACAAGGAAGGAAUGCAAUACAUUGAAUUGGCCGCCAAAGCAGAUGUUCCAGAGGCAUUAACUCGCCUAGGGUAUAUCUACCAUCAAGGUUUCCACAGCAGCUCCAAGGGAUAUCAUAUUGAACAAGAUUACGGUCGGGCCUUGAGUUACUUCCGGUCGGCUGCAAAGCUCAAUCAUUGCAUGGCUGCGCUUAUGGUGGGUACAUACUAUGACGAGGGCUAUCUCCGCAGAAACACCAUGGAUCAUGAGAGUGCGCUUACUUGGUACAGGAAGGCUCAUCGGAUGGGAGCCGGUGCCUUUGCCGAUCUUGCUAUUGCAAACCUCUUGUACGCCAAAUCUGAGAAUACAGUGGAUGUUUCAGAAGCCGAAAAGUUACGCAGUGAUGCGUUUGUAAAUUUCCAAGGUGCUUGUAGUUUCAAGGAUGAUACGGGCGCCUAUGCCCGCGUUAUGGUGGCGCUAUACUAUCUCAAUGGAUGGAAACCUGUUGAAAAGGACGGAGUUGAGGGGUUCUCACAACUCUUGGCAGUUGCCAAGGACGGUGGUAGAGAUGCGUUUGGUAAGGUGGCAUCGUGUUACGAGAAUGGUGUAGGUGUUGAUUCCAGUGAGUCGGAAGCAUUAUUCUGGUGGCGCCAAGCGGCUGAAUUUGAUGAUGAUGUUGAAGCCAUUGACCGUGUGGGGUAUUAUUAUACCCAUGGUCUGGGUGGUCUAGUAGCUGACCCAGUAAAGGCCCAAGAAUAUUAUGACCGUGCGAACAGCUUCCGAAAUGCACAGCUUGAAAGCGAGCCUAGCUUUGUAUCUUCCAGGGCUUCGAUGGCUUCGUAUUAAUGACCCCUUUACACUCAUUUUUAUAAUGUAUUCUUAUUUAUUCUCUUAACUUGUAUUAUUAUUUUCUGUUAUUAUUACCAUUACUAUUGCUAUUACUACUAUUAUUACUAUCGUUAUUUUCUAUUUUAUGUACAGUCCUUUUAUACUCUCAUUUUCUAUGACAUUUUUGUAUUUUAGAAUUAAUGCCUAUAGUUUAUUAAUCUAACCUAUCCACUCUAUAUAUCCACCAACCCAUUGUAUUUAUUCCAACCUUUCUAUUUAAUUUCCAUUAACCCUCACAUAUAUCAUAUACCUUGCAAAUGCAUAAAAUGAAUAAACUUUUUUUUUCUUAAAGAAGAGAG